AUGGCAUCGCUUGACACGAAGAGUCUCGCGCAAGCUAUAUGCCACGAGAAUGAGUUGGCGGUCGAGAAGAGUGCCUUGAUUGAAGGGCGCGAUGUGGUGUUAUUCGUGGGCUGCUGUGGCAGUGGCAAGACCACUGUGGCAUCCUAUGUGCAGGGGACCAAAUUCAAGUACAGCCGAGGAAAGCUGGAGGAAGAAACCAAGCUGGAGGGCUUUGCCAUCGGCGAUCAACGCGCCGACGUAACCCAGGGAUUGGCCUUUGCCGAGGUGCCCGAGACCGAGGGCUUGUGGCUUGCAGACUCGGCUGGCACUGGAGCGACCAGUGGAGUACAUGCUGAGGUGUUUGGAGCUCUGAACCGCUCUGCAGUGCUGCAGAAAGCCCGCUCUGUGCGCUUGGUGCUGGUAAUCAAGGAAGGUCGCUUUGAUGUCGGGAACGAGCGUGGCCGGCUGGUUGUCAAAGACAUUGAGCACGUGGCAUCAAUGUUUGUGGAUCUCAGCGUAAAUGAUAACUUGAAGUCGGUGGGCGUUAUCGUGACAAGUGACCCGAGAGGGCUCCAAGCGGAUGGAGUGGCUGCUGACAUCGUGAGUUCCAUGAACGACUCCCUGAAACAACUGCAUGGCCAAGCUGUUGUGGACGAUGGUUUUGUCAUCGUGGGCGACUCCAGCAAGGCCAGUGGCAUGAGGACAUCGUCUGCGGGUAAAUGGCUGAUGCAUCAUAUUUGUGAGAAUUGCAAUCGAGCAGCCCAGACUGUCGAAGAGAUGGAUGGCACGGAUGACGAAGCAAUUCUUAGGGGACUCUGUUCAGCAAGGAUCGCCGUGUUCCCGUUCAACAUGCUUCGAGAGGGUCAUCGGUUCUACUUGAAGAUGUGGCUGCGGGGGCUGAAACCUGUGGAGCAACCGGCUACCUCACUCACAUCUGCAUUGCCAGCUGAAGCACGGGCGUUGCUGGAGUCUCACGUCUCCGAUAGCUUCAUCAAGUACAAGAAGCUCAUUGCAGACCACAGUGGGGUUUGGACACGCAAAGAGAUGCUUGUGCCGGAAAUCAUCGACGUCGUCAACCUGACGUUUGUUCUGGAGGAAUCCCGCCUGCUCCCUUCAGUUGAGAAAUUCAGGACGGAUUUGGGCAACCAGCUAUUGCAGGAGAAUCGAAAUGCGCUCGUGCAUCUCCUCGCGGCUGUCAGAGGCGGCGCCCCAGCCAAAGCGGCAGAUCCGUGGUCGGCGCUUCUCAGCAUGGACGGCUUCCGUCAGCAAUGCAGCCGAAUCACCUUGGAGGGGUGGACCAGCUCCACUGCCGCACUCGAAGAAUGCCUGGAUGCAGCCAAAGAGAGCUUUGCCAAGUAUCUCCCCGAUGGCUUUGCUUCGGCUCGCUGGGACUCGAACCUGGCAUUGCAGGUCAGUGGCAUUUUCGAAUGUGUGCGACAGCUACAGCCUGGGAGCAGCGACCUCUUGCGGAUGUGGGCACUUGCACUGCUUGAUCAUGUCAGAAGCCUGCAGUCGAAAUCGGCGGAGUGUGCCAGUGCGACUGGCACGGCUCAAGCCCUAGCACGUCUCGAGGAGCAUCGAGACUUUCUCCCCGACAUGGUGAUUCCGGCGCUUUGCAAGUAUGGGUGUGAGGCAUUGCAAGGUGAAGCCUUGCAUCAAAUCGUGCAAGAGUCGAAGGAUGCAGUGAGACAGCAGCUGCAGAGGCUGUCUGCCCAGGUGGUCGAGGAGACUCCUUCAGAUGGGAAGCCAGUGCUGUUGGAGAAGCUUCAGCAUCUUUGUCGGUCGGACGAGUUGAACCGGCUUCUCGAGGAUGAUUUGGAGCAGGCGUAUGUCGUGAAGCCCCUCUGCUCCAAGCUUGCUCCGCAACAGGAGGAGAUCGACAAUCUGGAGGAGCAGAUCAGGAACUCGGAGCCAGAGCAAUGGCGCAUAGCCUUGUUGGACCUUUCCCAACGAGUUGCUGCAACUGCCGACCUUGCCAAGAUGAUCUUGCACUCGAAGGACCUGAAGUGGACAGGCCUGCUGGAAGCAGUGAGUCAACACAUCACGAGCCAGAAAGCCGUAGCCAUCAGUGCAGUACCCAAGCUGGCCAGUCUAUCUGGGUGUGAGCGGCAGUGGGCUGUUGUCUCAAACAGUGGAUCCGGUACCGGCUAUGACAGUGAUGAGGGGGAGGUGGACAAGGAGUCCGGAGAUUUGCUGGAAGGAACGGUAGAGGAGCUGUGCGAACUUGUCGCAGUGGAUACACUCUUCCACCUGCUCGGACGUAGAAGUGAUACGGCGGCUUCUGCACUGGUUGCAGUUGGCUGGAGUUUGAAGCAGAGCUUGAAUCAAGCUUUGAAGCGUGCAAACAGAGCUCGUGACAAAUCCUGGGUUCCGUCCUCGUCGUUGAGCACCGCGACCUUGUUUGCCAUGCACUCACUUAACGGACUUGCAAAGGCGGCACAGACCACCAUCGGGCCUUUGAAAGAACUGCAGGAUGUCCCCGUUCACGGUUUGCCACAGGCCUUGGAAAAAUGCAUUUCUGAAGCCAGAGCCUUUGUGGACGGUUUCUUGCAGACAGAAAUGGGUGACUGGAAUGAUGCCACCACCGGAGCAAUGGGAUGGCCCGACCUUUUCAGUCGCCACGUUAAGAUGGCAAACAAGCUUCGGGGUCUUGCAACAAAGGACAUGCGAGAUGCGGCUCAGAAGCUGUAUCAGAAGGUGUACGAUUGGCACAAGCACCAGCUGUCAGAAGCACAGAGGGCCGUGUGUCCUGCAGAGACCUCUUCCGGGGAAGCAGGUACCGACGACUCGUGGCAGAUCUUCCUCAAACAUGGUGUGCGAGAAGGCCUCGCUUUCGAGCAGACGAGGCUUUGUCGCGAGCUGGAUUUCAAAGUGCAGUUUCGCCCUCUGGUUGCAAAGCAAGUUGAGAUGUGCCAGACAGAAGCAGCAUCGGCGCAGCCGACGGAAAGGCUGCGCGUCUGGCGGAAUAUGACCCAGCUUAUCCAGGAGCUGCAGCAGGUGCAAGGAGACGAUCCCCAGUUAUGCCGCUUCACAGAGAUACUCCUGGCCGCCAGAACGCCUUUGGACACUGAUCUUGGUGAUACCAGCUCCGACUUCGAGAAGGCACUCAACGAAAAACGAUAUGCGCGAGCUGCUGAACUCCUGUUGAAGGUUCAAAAGAGACAGCGGCAUGCAGAGAUCUUGCACCAACACAUUAAUGAUGAUUUUGCUAUCACCAUGAAACUCCUCGACUCUGACCAUGAGGGCGAGGCAACUCGCGCAGGCCAAGAAGCCAGAAGACUGCUCCAGGAGGUGCAGCUUAUCGAAGAGGCCGAGACGAAGAAUACUGUGCAGAAGCGUACGGAAGAGCUCACAUCGAAGCUUGAGAGGAAGAUGAAUGAGGCUCAGCAGCAGCUGCAGCUCGCGCUAGAAGGACGUCGCCCUCCUUUGCCGGCACUUUCUGUUUGUGUUGCACUGAGCGGCAACAGCAAGAUGAAGACUGCAAUAGAGGCUGUGAACAAGUUCUGCGCGAACAAGAAGGACAUGUUCCUCCAGAUGAACACCUCCGAGCUGCUUUCAUGGAUGGCGAAGCAUGAUGGCGUGUGGAGGGCCAUGCCAGAUGAAAUGAGAAGGUGA